GCAAGGAAAGGACAUCAGGAUUUUCUCUCUAAAUGUAGAUUUCAGGACUCCCCAAACCAGCACUCUCUUAAGCCCACGGAUAAAGCAGGUCACUGAAUCCUUCCUGGUCCUCUCUGUCUGGGUAGGCUCGCUUCAGCCCUGCCUGUCUUCAAGAAGGCUAGAACAGAGGGAAGGAACCAGUGUGUGCAAAGCACCUUUCAGAAAUCUUGCUUCCCUAAGAGCAGAACCUUCAGCUGCCCCUGAGUUCAGGCUAGAUCCACCAAUUUUAGGCAUUAUUGCUAUAAGGGACAAAAUACAGAAGUGACUGCGACACUGGGCAAUGGAGAGCAAGUCCUGCAACACAUGAGGGAUUGCUGCUUCACUGAAGGUAAAGUUUCCAACCUGGGCCAAUUUUCCACUCACUCUGUCUGAGAUCAUAUUGCCAGACUUUAAAAAAUAAUCAGGGGUUGCCAUCACCAGAUCCGGAGCCGUCCCCCACCCCUACCCCAGCACAAUGCCAUCGGAAAAGACCUUCAAGCAGCGCCACACCUUCGAACAAAGAGUAGAAGACGUCGGGCUCAUUCGAGAGCAGCAUCCCACCAAGCUCCGGGUGAUCAUAGAGCAAUACAAGGGCGAGAAGCAGCUGCAUGUCCUGAACAAAACAAAGUUCCUGGUCCCCGACCACGUCAACAUGAGCAAGCUCAUCAGGAUCUUCAGGCAGCGCCUACAGUUCAACACCAACCAGGCCUUCUUCCUGCUGGUUGGCUACAGCAUGAUGAGCGUGUCUUCGCCCAUCUCGGAGGUGUACGAGAACGAGAAGGACGAGGAUGGCUUCCUUUACACUGUGUGCGCCUCCCAGGAGACCUUUGGGCGGGAGCUGACCCUGCACCUAGAAGAGCGCGUGGAGGUCCCUGAGCCCUUGCCAAGGAGAAAAGGGGGUGUUACAACCGAGAAGGCUCAGCUUGCGUAGGCAGGUCGUCAGGACAGUCUUGUUCCCACCAAGGAGCCUGAGGAAGUUGUUUUUGUAUUUUAUGCAGAAAAACUGAGUUCCA